AGCAAAUAAUUAGUGCUGAUCAGAGCCUAUAAAUAUUGAGCAGUGAUCACUGAACACUUGGAUCUUCUCCAGUGGUGCCAUGGCCAAGAAAGGUACGCUUACCUAAAUCACACUUCCAUUCUCUCUUCUUGCCUAGGAGAAAGAAAACAACUCUACUGGAAAAAUUACUGUAACCAUCCAAGAAAAGAGAGAAAAUGUUUGCCGGAGAACAUGGUCUACAAGGAGACCCAAGAUUGAAGGCCAUAUCAGAUGCCAUAAGAGUAGUACCCCAUUUCCCUAAGUCAGUUUGUGGGUUCUUAUUCUUGUCAGGAAUUAUGUUUCAAGACAUAACCACACUGUUACUUGAUCACAAGGCUUAUAAAGACACUCUAGAUAUCUUUGUUGAUCGCUAUAGAGAUAUGGGUAUCUCUGUUGUUGCUGGAGUGGAAGCCAGAGGUUUUCUGUUUGGCCCUUCAAUUGCAUUAGCUAUUGGUGCUAAGUUUGUUCCUCUGAGUAAACCGAGUAAAUUGCCUGUAUUUGAAUAUCUAGGAGAAGUCAUUUCUGAAGAAUAUGUACUUGAAUAUGGAAACGAUUGUCUUGAGAUGCAUGUUGGAGCUGUUAAACAUGGGGAACGUGCUAUAAUCAUUGAUGAUUUAGUUGCUACUGGUGGAACACUCUCUGCAGCAAUAAGACUAUUAGAACGCGUCGGAGCUGAAGUUGUUGAAUGCGCGUGUGUUAUUGGGCUGCCUGAGUUUAAGGGACAGUUCAGGCUAAAUGGGAAGCCACUAUACAUUCUUGUGGAGCCGCGUCAGUAAACGAAUUGAUCUGGCAUAUUUCCAUGUUUCCUUGAUGCAAAAAGCUUAAACCAUUAGGAUUAAGGCUUAGUUGAAUCCAGUAAACAUCAACGCUUAAAUUUUCUGGAUAAAUUGCACCAGCCAUUAUAACUAAUGUUCAUCCUGAUAAAUUCACUUUCUUUCUCCAGUUUACAGAAUUAAUUGUGCACAGUUAAAACUGAAACCCCCCAUUAUGUGCUCCUCUCCACCGCUUUGAACAAAGCCUACUUGCUUUCUGAUAGUUAUUUCUUAUUCUUCUUCUUCUUUUGGUGUAAUUCUCCCUUGAUAUAACUGUCAAGAAGAUGCAUUUAGGCUUUCA